CUGGAGCAUCUGGGUCAUGGCUGUCCUGUGGCUGCUGCUGCUCGCAGGGCUGCCCUCCUUCUUACUGGGACUCUUUGUGUGGGUUGCUCUUCAGCACUUUCUCGCUGCAGAAAUGCCCUCCACCCUGAAGCAUUCGGUCAAGUUAAGGCUUAUGCAUUGCAUUAUACAGUACCUGAUAACUUUGGGGAACAUACUAGAGAAGCUGAGAAUUUGUGCCAUGCCCAGAUUUGUACAGUUUCUCCAAGGCCUAAUGGCGAUAAAGAAGGAUCCCAACGUGUUGGUGACUGACAUGCAUUUUGGGACAAUCCCUGUGAGGCUGCUGAAGCCCAAGGAAGUAUCUUCCCAACCCCGGCGAGACUGUUACCAUAGCCUGGGCAGCCUCUUGGCCAGUGAGACAGACUCAGUGGUGCUGAUGGUGGGGUACCGCAAGCUUCCUCACUACCACCAUCCUGUCCUUACCAAUGAUUGCCAGAAUGCUUCCAUCUAUUUCCUGAAGAACCUGGAAUCCUUUGGGGUGGACCCAUCCCGGGUGGUUCUCUGUGGAGAGAGUAUUGGAGGUUGGGCUGCGCCCACUGUCAUGAAGACCUUAGUCAGCAAUCCUAGUCUACCCAGGAUCAAGGCUCAAAUCCUAAUUUAUCCACUAGUGAAUUUCAUCAAUUUUCAGUUACCAUCACAUCAGCAGAACAAAAAUGUGCCAUUCCUUACAAGAGACAUGUUGUUUAUGUGUUUGUGUAAACACCUGGCCAUUGACAUCUCUUGGAAAGACACCAUGUUGGCAGGUGCUGUUAUACCUCUGGACAAGUGGAAGAAAUACAGGAAAUGGCUCAGCUCUGACAACAUACCCAAAAGAUUCUGGAGCCAAGAUCCACAACCAGAGAUUAUUGGGCCUUUUAAUGAGGCCGCCUAUCUAGAAACCAAACAUACUUGGAGUACAGAAAUUUCACCUCUUCUAGCAGAUGACAAGAUCAUUGCUCGGUUUCCUGAGACAUUUCUGGUGAGCUGCGAGCAUGACAUCCUCCGGGAUGAUGUCUUGCUCUACAAGAAGCGCUUGGAAGAGCAGGAGGUCCCUGUGAGCUGGUACCAUGUGGAAGAUGGCUUUCAUGGGUGCCUAGUGUUGUUUGAUAAGAAGUGUUUUUCUUUCCCCUGCUCUGUGAAACUUACAAAUGCUGUUGUCAGUUACAUAAAGGGCAUUUGAUAGUAAAUUUGGGCUUUCUUGGAGCAGGGCAAAAAAGAUCUAUGCUUCAGCUGGGACCUUUGCUUAGUCAUACGUUCUAUGGCACAAAGAGAUGCUGAGGCCAUUUCUCAUCCAGGAAGAAUUGAGGAUGUGGAAGCAAAGAACUCUUGGUUCCUGCUCAACAAAGUCUCAUUUGUUCCCUUCCUACACC